AUGUUCUCCUCGAAGUGUGUGCUUCUCGCCCUCGUCGCCUUCUCCGGCACAGUAUGGGCCCGAUCGGCUGUUACCAAUGGCAACGCCAUCCCAUCCGAAGAGACUGCAAGGACCGACGAGACCUCGACCUCCUCAUACCUGGGUGACUUCAAAUUCAUGUACAAAGUGUAUCAGGAGUGCGCCGCCACGGAUCUCACCUCGUGCCUCAAGAUGAAGCUGAUCACCGCCAUGGACCGCGCCGCCCGCAACUUCAACCAAGUGCCCAUCUUCGAAGGAGUCAGCUUCGUCAAGGAAGACAACACCAACGUCAACGCCGAAUCAUCCCCGAUCACCGAAGCCCAAAUCGAAGCUCAACUCCCCAGAUCCCUCACCGAACGCGACGGAGCCUUGAACAACAUCAUCUUCGACAAAGUCGGCAACUUCCUCCAAACCCACACCCUCCAGGUCAAGCCUAACGAAAUCGCCAGGGCUUUCAACGGAGAGGAACGUGGCAAGAAGAAGAAGAUGGGCGGUCUCCUCCUCAUCCCCUUGAUCUUGGGAGGAACUUUGGUGCCUUUGGCUCUCGGCGCUCUCGCUCUUUUGGCUGGUAAAGCUUUGAUCGUCUCGAAACUCGCUUUGGUUCUCGCCGGUAUCAUUGGGCUUAAGAAGCUCUUGGGAGGCGGUGGCGGCGGACACGAAUCCGGACAUGAAGUCGUCGUUUCCGGUGGACACGGACACGGAUCUGGAUGGGGACGCGCCUACCAGAAGGAGGAAGCCCAGAACAUCGCUUACAACGCGUACGCACCAAAGGCUGUCUCCAGUUAAACACCACCACUCUCGUUCUUCAGCGAUAUCAUUCCAAGUACCUCAU